GCAGGCCACUGCCAAGAGCCCUCUCCAGGGCCGGCCGGGCGGGGUGCCCUCCCCGGGGGGCCGGGGCCAUGCGGCCUCGUGCCUGCUGAGACCCCCGCCAUGGCCCGCUCGCUGACCUGGUGCUGCUGCCCGUGGUGCCUGACAGAGGAGGAGAAGGCGGCCGCCCGCAUCGACCAGGAGAUCAACAGGAUCCUCCUGGAGCAGAAGAAACGGGACCGUGGGGAGCUGAAGCUGCUGCUGCUGGGGCCCGGCGAGAGCGGGAAGAGCACGUUCAUCAAGCAGAUGCGGAUCAUUCACGGGGCGGGCUACUCGGAGGACGACCGCAAGGGCUUCCGGCCCCUCGUCUACCAGAACAUCUUCGUCUCCAUGCGGGCCAUGAUCGAGGCCAUGGACCGGCUGCAGAUCCCUUUCAGCAGGCCUGAGAGCAGCCACUAUGCCAGUGUGGUCAUGAGCCAGGACCCCUACAAGGUGACCACUUUCGAGAAGCACUACGCCGUGGCCAUACAGUGGCUGUGGAGGGACGCCGGCGUCCGGGCCUGCUAUGAGCGCCGCCGAGAGUUCCACCUGCUUGAUUCAGCUGUGUACUACCUGUCCCACCUGGAGCGCAUCACUGAGGAGGGCUACAUCCCCACGGCCCAGGACGUGCUCCGAAGCCGCAUGCCUACCACUGGCAUCAAUGAGUACUGCUUCUCCGUGCAGAAGACCAACCUGCGGAUCGUGGACGUCGGGGGCCAGAAGUCGGAACGCAAGAAGUGGAUCCACUGCUUCGAGAACGUGAUCGCCCUCAUCUACCUGGCCUCACUGAGCGAAUACGACCAGUGUCUGGAGGAGAACAACCAGGAGAACCGAAUGAAGGAGAGCCUGGCCCUGUUUGGCACCAUACUGGAAUUGCCCUGGUUCAAAAGCACAUCUGUCAUCCUCUUCCUCAACAAAACUGACAUCCUCGAGGAGAAGAUCCCCACCUCCCACCUGGCCACCUACUUCCCCAGUUUCCAGGGCCCGAAGCAGGACGCGGAGGCAGCCAAGAGGUUCAUCCUGGACAUGUACACUGGCAUGUACGCGGGCUGCGUGGACGGCGCCGACGGGAGCAGGAGGGGGCCGCGCUCCCGGCGCCUCUUCAGCCACUACACGUGCGCCACGGACACGCAGAACAUCCGCAAGGUCUUCAAGGACGUGCGGGACUCGGUCCUGGCCCGCUACCUGGACGAGAUCAACCUGCUGUGACCCAGGCGCCGCUGCCCCCGGGCUCGCCCCGCGCGUGGCGGGCGCGACCUGCAGGCGGCCCGGGGCUCGCGGAGCCCGGAUGUCCCCGUCGCGCAGCCCCAGGUGCGGGUGGCGAGUGGGUCGCGGGCCGAAGGCCGGUCGCCGCCUGCUUCUUUCCCGGCCCUCCACAGGCCCUCCCUUG